AUGUUUUCGCAUCGCACUGCUGCACGCGUCCUCUGCUCUCGCCUGCGCCGCCGCGCCAUAUCCCCGCGCACAUAUGCUACCGCGUCCGACCCCAACUAUGUCAACAUCGUCGAGGUCGGCCCGCGAGACGGGCUCCAGAAUGAAACGGCCGUCAUACCGCCCGCACUCAAGGCCGAGCUCAUCACGCGCCUCGGCAGAGCAGGCAUGAACACCAUCGAGGCAGGAAGCUUCGUCAGUCCAAAGUGGGUCCCACAGAUGGAAGGCACCGACGAGGUCCUCCGGCAGAUGGAGCACCUUCAAGGCGUGCACUACCCCGUCCUCGUGCCGAACAUGAAGGGCCUCGACGCCCUGCUCGCGCUGCUCAGCACCGAGAACCCGCCAGUCAGCAGACCGCAGCACGCCGCGCGCCCGCUGCCGCCCGCGCAGCCGCUGACCGACGAGAUCGCGCUCUUCACGGCCGCGACGGACGCGUUCUGCCAGGCGAACACAAACUGCACGGUCGCCGAGUCGCUCGCGCGGCUGGCGCCCGUCGCAGCACGUGCGCGCGCGUCGGGCCUGCGCGUGCGAGGGUACGUGAGCGUGGUCGUUGUGUGCCCGUACACGGGCCGCGUGCGCGCCGAGGAGGUGCGGGACGUCGCGCGCGCGCUGCUCGACAUGGGCUGCUACGAGGUCAGCCUGGGCGACACGGUCGGCGCGGGGACGCCCGCGGACAUCCGCGCGCUGCUCGAGACGGUGAUGGGCGGCGCGCACGGCGUGGCGCCGGCCCAGCUCGCGGUGCGCAUGCUCGUUGGUUCCGGCCACUUCCACGACACGUACGGCGCGGGGGUGGCGAACGUGCUUGCGGCGCUGGAGCUGGGGCUGCGCACGUUCGACGCGAGCGUCGGCGGGCUGGGCGGGUGCCCGUACUCGCCGGGCGCGACGGGGAACGUCGCGACGGAGGACGUGCUGUAUGCGCUGCGCGGGCACGGCGGGGGCGCGGGCGGCGGGCGGCGGUACAGCGCGGCGGGCGACCUGGACGCGCUUGCGGAGAUCGGGGCGUGGAUCUCGGGGCGGCUGGGGCGGCGGAACGAGAGCCGCGCGGGGAAGGCGAUCAUGGCGUGGAAAAAGUGA